GAGUGUGGGAAAAACUUCCAUUACCGCUCAGCCCUUAUUCGACAUGAGAUAAUCCACACGAAAGAGAGACCCUACGAAUGCUGUGAGUGUGGGAAACGCUUCAAUCAUACCUCAGCCCUUAGUAGGCAUCAGCAAAUACACAGAGGAGAAAGACCCUAUGAAUGCUGUGAGUGCGGGAAAAGCUUCACUCAGAGAUCAGCCCUUAUCUCUCAUCAGAGAAUCCACACAGAAGAGCGACCCUACGAAUGCUGCAAGUGCGGGAAAAGCUUCACUCAGAGAUCAGCCCUUAUCUCUCAUCAGACAACGCACACGGGAGAGAAACCCUACGAAUGUUGCGAGUGUGGAAAAAGCUUCUCUCGGAGCUCAAACCUUACUAUGCAUCAGAGGAUCCACACAGGAGAGAGACCCUAUGAAUGCCGUGAGUGCGGGAAAAGUUUCACUCACCUCUUCUCUCUUAUCUCUCACCAGAGAGUCCACACAGGAGAGAAACCCUAUGAAUGUUGCGAGUGUGGAAAAAGCUUCUCUCAGAGCUCACACCUUACUAUGCAUCAGAGGAUCCACACAGGAGAGAGACCCUAUGAAUGCAGUGAGUGCGGGAAAAGUUUCACUCACCUCUUCUCUCUUAUCUCUCACCAGAGAGUCCAAACAGGAGAGAAACCCUAUGAAUGCAGUGAGUGCGGGAAAAGCUUCUCUCGGAGCUCAACCCUUGUUACACAUUACAGAGUCCACACCGGAGAGAGACCCUAUGAAUGCUGUGAGUGUGGGAAAAGCUUCACUCAUAGUUCAGCCCUCAUCUUACAUCAGAGAAUCCACACAGGAGAGAGGCCUUACACGUGCUCUGAGUGCAGGAAAAGCUUCAGUCGAAGCUCACACCUUAUCAGACAUGAGAGAAUCCACACAGGGGAAACACCCCCCACAUGCACUGAGUGCGGGAAAAGCUUCAGUUACAGCUCAGCCCUUAUCAGACAUCAGAAAAUCCACGCAGGGAAGAUGCCCUACACAUGCUCUGAGUGCAGGAAAAGCUUCAGUCGGAGCUCAAACCUUAUCACACAUCAGAGAAUCCACACAGGAGAGAAGCCUUACACGUGCUCUGAGUGCGGGAAAAGCUUCACUCAGAACUCUGCCCUUAUCAGACAUCAGAGAAUCCACACAGGGGAGACGCCCUACACGUGCUCUGAGUGCGGGAAAAGCUUCAGGCAGCGCUCAAACCUUAUCACACAUCAGAGAAUCCACACAGGGGAGACGCCCUACACGUGCUCUGAGUGUGGGAAAACCUUCAGUCUGCGCUCAAACCUUAUCACACAUCAGAGAAUCCACACAGGAGAGAAGCCCUACACGUGCUCUGAGUGCGGGAAAAGCUUCAGUCUGCGCUCACGCCUUAUCACACAUCAGAGAAUCCACACAGGAGAGACGCCCUACACGUGCGCUGAGUGCGGGAAAAGCUUCAGUUAUAGCUCAGCCCUUAUCAGACAUCAGAGAAUCCACACAGGGGAGACACCCCCCACAUGCACUGAGUGCGGGAAAAGCUUCAGUUACAGCUCAGCCCUUAUCAGACAUCAGAAAAUC